GAAUCAAAUCAGACAAGUACCGGACGCCGUAGAAGGUGGAUGUAAAGCAGUGAGUUUCCAACUAUUCUAUUCUAUUGCAGUACAAGUCAUACCUUCUGUACCAGUGUGUAUAAAGGUUGACAUCGUUAAAAGCUAGAGAAGCUGCUAUUCUGAAAAUCAAAGCCUAGCUUUACCAUAACAAGUGACAAGAAAUGAUGAAGUCGAUUUUUUUCGGAGCUGUAGCCAUCGCCGUCGCCAUUCUGUCCUUUUACCAGGACACGGCCCAGGCUCAGGAACAGACAGGCUCACCCUCCCCGGCUGAAUACAAAUGGAACGCCAUGGAUGACCAGUGCCUCCGGGCGCUGCACGGACAAAUCAACAAGGAAUUCGACGCCUCCAUAGUUUAUCUGAAGCUUGCGGCCUACUUCGCACAGGAAAGAAUUAACCUUCCUGGCUUCGAGAAAUUUUUCUUCAAUGCCGCCGGCGAAGAGCGUGAACACGGUAUCAAGCUGAUCGAGUACGCGCUGAUGCGCGGUCACGGACCCAUCGACAAGUCCAGCUUCAAGCUUGACUACAGCUACCAAGUCCCACCCGGAACCGAUGGUGAAUCGUCCCUGCGCGCUGCACUCAAGAAGGAAGAAGAAGUGACGCACAGCAUUCGCCAGGUGAUCAAGGCCUGCGAAGAAGGCACCAACGAUUUCCAUUUGGCGGAUUACCUGACCGGCGAGUAUCUGGAUGAGCAACAUAAGGGACAGCGCGAGCUGGCCGAAAAGAUCUCCACACUGAGCAAGAUGAAGAAGAGUGCUCCCAAACUGGGCGAAUUCCUGUUCGACAAACAGCACAUGUAAACACAAGGAUCAGAGUGCUAGUGGCAGUGGGAUUUCUCCGCUGUUUAAAUUCCUGUCUAAUUUGUGUCACCGAUAGUCCUAGAGUUUGAACCGUGAUUUACUGAAAUAAAAAGAUACACGUACAACGGAAA